AUGCAGUCGGCUUUGUUUGACUUUGUGAUGGCAGUAGCCGGUGCGAUAUUGUUUUCCAUUUAUUUGGUUUUCGAUAUCGAUCGCAUAAUGCAUCACAGUUCACCGGAAGACUACAUCGAAGCAUGCGUAUCGAUCUAUUUGGACAUUAUCAAUAUUUUCUUAAGAAUUCUACAGAUUCUGAACGAAAUCAAUCGAAAUUAG